AAGGCCACUGGUCCACAAGGCUAGUGUUAUUGCCGCCCCAUCUUGGCUUCAUCUGUCGAAAAUAGCCCAAGAUACUUCGUAUAAAAGCCUAGCAUUCUCUGCCUUUUCCUUUGUCAAUUCUUCGUCUCACUAUCGAAUCAUCAAACUGCUCGCGACCUACAUCUUAUACAAUGCCCUUUUCUACUGAUGGAGUGUAUACUAUCAAGAACAUUGCCAGAGACCUUAUGCUUGAUCUGAAGGAGGGCGAUACCACUGAAGGCAACCAGAUUCAAGGCUUCGUCGAAGAUGGCACCCCGGCUCAACAGUGGAUAAUCAAGAGACAUUACGUGCCAGGGUCCUCAAGCAAAAUUGUCACCAUUCAGUCCGUUAUCAGCGGCACCAAUGGAAAUGGAUUCUUUACUGCUGCGAUCCAGGAUUCGGAUGAACCGAUCAUUUACACCGCGCAGGCGUUUAUCGUCGAUCUUGUUGCACAGGCAGAUAGUACCUAUACCAUUAGAUACAUCGUCGGGGACGAUAACCUGGUGUUAUCCAUUCCAAGUCCGAGGCGCGGUGAAGUGAAACUCGAGACUUACGUCCCAGGAACUCCCCACCAGCAGUGGCGAUUAACCCGUGUUUUGUUGGGAUCCGACGAAUCCGAAGGAGACAAAGUCGAAGGGACAAGAGCCGAGGGAGAGAUGGAGGAACUGGCCGAAGAAUAGAGCCAGAGGAGAGGAUGUCGAGUGCAAGCGUAUCCAAACGGAGAACGAGCACGACGUGUCAUGGUCGGCUCGUGCGCUGUCCAUCUUUUAGUUUAUUUUCUCUAUAUGACUGUACCUGCGACACUCACCUUAUAAGCCCAGGUACCCACAUCCAAACAUCUCAGUUUCGACACGAAUACUGAGAUAUUCGUACCUCUGUUUAGCUCUCCGCGUGAACGUGUCCUUCCAAUUUUCAAGAUGUUUCUGAUCUCCAAUCAUUUGCCUAGUUUUCGCCACUAGGUACCACCAUGAGCUUGCAGAGGUAUGCCGACGCUGAGCUAUUGAAAGUGUUUUUGCCUAUAUGUACUCGUCUCUUUUGUUGCGUAUGUGUACGUUGAUGAAUAGGAUUGAUUUGGUCCGACUCUCUUAGGGAUCACCCAGCUCGCUAC